GUUAUUCGGCCUCCAGUCCCACCCUGCCUUAUCUACGAAGGUACAUACACUUUGUAUUUUCGUUUUAUUAGCGAUUCAUAUUGGGUUUUUUUAAAACUGUUUUUCGUUUUGAUCGAAAGAAGUUAGUUUGCAGCAUCAUCGAAUUCAUAUUUCAAGAUAUUUUGCUUGAAUUGAGAUAAUUCAGCAUCUUAUAAGGCUAAAUAAUGGGAGGAAGCGAUAUGGAUGAAGUUGAUGAUUGGGAACUAACAGGGACUUCAAAUGGCGUGACAACUUUGGUUUUAGUAGGGCGCACUGGCAAUGGUAAGAGUGCAACUGGUAAUUCGAUCCUUGGACGCAAAGCAUUCAAAUCACGUUCUAGUUCUUCAGCUGUUACAGCCACCUGUGAUUUGCAGAAAGGGGUUCUUUUUGAUGGCCGAGCUAUAAAUGUGGUGGACACACCUGGACUCUUUGAUCCAUCUGUUCCCCCAGAUUUUCUUGGGAAAGAAAUUGUGAAGUGUAUUGAUCUUGCAAAAGAGGGAGUGCAUGGUGUGCUUUUGGUGCUUUCUGUGAGGAGCCGAUUUAGUUCCGAAGAAGUAGCUGCUUUAGAGAGCUUGCAAAUGUUGUUUGGGGAAAAAAUUGUGAACUACAUGGUAAUUGUCUUUACUGGUGGUGAUGAAUUGGAAGACAAUGAUGAGACAUUAGAUGACUACUUGGACGGUUGUCCAUCUGAGCUUCAGGCACUUUUAAACCAAUGCAAUAAGAGAAUGGUGCUUUUCAAUAAUAAAACCAGUUCAACAACAAAGAAGACAAAGCAAACAACUGAAUUACUGAAGCAUAUAGACAUUAUAAUUGCUAAAAAUGGAGGCCAGCCUUAUUCAAACGAGCUGUUCCGUGAAGCCCAGGCAAGGGCAGAGAAAUUGUCUAGCCAAAAGGAGCAUAUUGAUAAACUAAGGGGAUACUCCAAAGAAGAGUUGCAAUCUCUUGAGAGUCAGAUGAAAGAGGCAUAUGCAGAGCAGCUUAAGCAAUUAACUGAAAUGGUAGAAAAUCUAGUGAUGCAUGCAUCUCAUGGGAUAGACAUUUUUGGAGACACUUUGUAUAUUGUACGUAACAUUGGGAUCAAUCUAAGUUGCCAGUUUUGGUUUGAAUCUUGGUUCAGGUUGAAGAGAAGAUGCGGAUAGCUACAGACAAAUUGGAACAGCGGCUGGUUUCUGAGCAGUCUGCGCGGAAACAAGCUGAAGAAGUAGCUCGAUUAGCACAAGAGCGAUCAGAUGAACAAAUCCGCAAGCUUCAAGAGAAAUUAGAGAAGGCCCAUGAAGAGACUGAAAACCUCAAGAAGCAAAUGAGCAAGUGUGUAAUCUUGUAGGAAAAGCUUGAAACCGUUUUGUUUCCAUAACAUAUUAUAUAAAGGCAGAUAAGUUUUCCAGUAGUCUGAGAGCUUCUGAUUAUUUAUAAUUGAAUUAAUCACAUGUAGUAGCCUGCAAUCCUAUAAAUUAUGUUACUAGACAUGAAAAUAUGAGUGAAUGUAAUCCCAAUCCAUGUAUAUAUUUUAGUUGAUUGUCUCUAAAUUGUAGAUGCCUAGCAUAACAACUUCUAUGAUAUUGCUACGUCAGCAAUCUUGACUCUUUCUCUAAAUUAUAGAUGCCUUGCAUGACAGUUUCUAUGAUGAAACUAUUGCUUCAUUGGUUCUUUGUUCCUAAUGCAAUUAAAUCUCUUAUUACUUUUA